AAGAAAUGGCUCAAAGGCAUCAGCUCUUUCUGUGCCCCGGGAGCUGAGAUGCACGUCAGUGGCUUUGCCAGCGUGGCCUGUUCCCUGCAGACUGCCAGAGAAAAGAGGCCAGGAGGAAAGAGAAAAGAGAAGAGAUUGGCCAAGGUCUGUGGAGUGUGGUCCAGCCUCUUGCUGGGCACACUGAGAGGAACUGGCUGUCUGAUCUCCACCUCCAGAUCAGAGUCAAGGAAUGUUUUCAUAAUGGACACUUCAUCCAAAGAAAAUAUCCAGUUAUUCAGCAAAAAUUCAAUGCAACCUGUUGGGAGGCCUUCCUUUAAAACAGAAUAUCCCUCCUCAGAGGAGAAACAACCCUGCUGUGGUGAACUAAAGGUGUUCUUGGGUGCCCUGUCUUUUGUUUACUUUGCCAAAGCACUGGCAGAAGGCUACCUGAAGAGCACCAUCACUCAGAUAGAGAGAAGGUUUGAUAUCCCUUCUUCACUGGUGGGAGUUAUUGAUGGUAGUUUUGAAAUUGGAAAUCUCUUAGUUAUAACAUUUGUUAGCUACUUUGGAGCCAAACUUCACAGGCCAAAAAUAAUUGGAGCAGGGUGCCUAAUCAUGGGCGUUGGAACAUUGCUCAUUGCAAUGCCUCAUUUCUUCAUGGAGCAGUACAGAUAUGAAAGGUAUUCUCCCUUCUCCAAUUCCACUUUCAGCAUCUCUCCAUGUUUCCUGGGGUCAAACAGUCCGUUACCAAUCUCAGUUAUGGAAAAAUCACAAUCCAAAAUAAAUAAUGGGUGUGUGCAGACGGUUGCAAUUAUAGGACCAAUCUUUGGCUUCCUGUUAGGCUCAUUAUGUGCCAAACUGUAUGUUGACAUUGGCUUUGUAAAUCUAGAUCAUAUCACCAUCACCCCAAAGGAUCCACAGUGGGUGGGUGCCUGGUGGCUUGGCUAUCUAAUAGCAGGAAGCGUAAGUCUUCUGGCAGCUGUGCCUUUCUGGUAUUUACCAAAGAGUCUACCAAGACCCCGGAGCAGAGAGGAUUCCAAUUCCUCCUCUGAGAAAUCGAAGUUUAUUACGGAUGAUCACACAGACUACCAAACACCUCUUGGAGAAAAAGCAAAAAUCAUGGAAAUGGCAAGAGAUUUUCUUCCAUCACUGAAGAGUCUUUUUGGAAAUCCAGUGUACUUCUUAUAUUUGUGUGCAAGCACCGUUCAGUUCAAUUCCUUAUUUGGCAUGGUGACUUAUAAACCGAAGUACAUUGAGCAACAGUAUGGGCAGUCAUCCUCUAAGGCCAACUUUGUUAUCGGGCUCAUCAAUAUACCUGCAGUGGCCUUUGGAAUAUUCUCUGGGGGGAUAGUCAUGAAAAAAUUCAGAAUCAGUGUGUGUGGAGCCGCAAAGCUCUACUUGGGAUCAUCUGUCCUUGGGUACCUCCUAUUCCUUUCCCUUUUUGCAUUGGGCUGUGAAAAUACUGAUGUGGCAGGACUAACAGUCUCCUACCAAGGAACCAAACCUGUCUCUUAUCAUGAACGAGCUCUCUUUUCAGAUUGCAACUCAAGAUGCAAAUGUUCAGAGACAAAAUGGGAACCCAUGUGUGGUGCAAAUGGAAUUACAUACGCAUCGGCUUGCCUUGCUGGUUGUCAAACCUCCACCGGGAGUGGAAAGACUACUAUAUUUAAUAACUGCACCUGUGUGGGAAUUGCCACCUCAAAAUCAGGAAAUUCCUCAGGCAUGGUGGGCAGAUGUCAAAAAGAUAAUGGAUGCCCCAAAAUGUUUCUGUAUUUCCUUGUAAUUUCAGUCAUCACAUCCUAUACUUUAUCUCUAGGUGGGAUACCUGGAUACAUAUUGCUUCUGAGGUGCAUUAAGCCACAACUUAAGUCUUUUGCCCUGGGUAUCUACACCUUAGCAGUAAGAGUUCUUGCAGGAAUCCCAGCUCCCGUAUAUUUUGGAGUUUUGAUUGAUACUUCAUGCCUCAAAUGGGGAUUUAAAAGAUGUGGAAGUAGAGGAUCCUGCAGAUUAUAUGACUCAAAUGCUUUUAGACACAUGUAUCUGGGACUAACCAUGAUCCUUGGCACAAUGUCCAUUUUCCUAAGUAUUGCAGUACUUUUCACUUUAAAGAAAAAGUAUGUUUCAAAACACAGAAGCUUCAGAACCAAGAGAGAAAGAACAAUGGUGUCUACAAGAAUCAGGAAGGAAAACUGUACGACGAGUGAUCAUUUGCUACAACCCAGCUACUGGCCAGGCAAAGAAACGCAGCUUUAGACAAAUGAUGACUUGAAGCCAUGUUUUCCAAUUUCUGGAAAUUCUGCAAGCAAGUUUUAAUCAAAAGGGUUUUAAAUGUGUAAAUUCUUUCUCCUUUCAAAAAGAUGUCUACUUUGUUUUUGAUCCUAAGUAUUAGAUAAUGUACGUGAUAACAAAUACAAUUAAUCAUGUUUCAGAAGGUGUAGAAGGUAAAGUUAAUCUUAAAUAUUUUAAUUUAUAAACCAAUUCCUUAUAUUAUUUACUCAUUCUGCUUAACUUUGCCUGUGCCCAUUGAUAUAUUAGCUGUACU